GCGCUCGCUCCCCCCGGAGGCGGCCUGGCGGGCGCGGCGGCGCUGAGGAUGGCGGCGUUAGAGGACAAUUACCUGAGCUUUCAGCCAUUUUGCGAAAGACCACGUGUUGCUGAUUCCCACUGUCUCAGGAAAGAGAAGAAAUCUCAUAGACUGCUGCAGGCCCAGCAGAAGGGAGUAAGACAUAAGAAGAUCUAUACGAGGACAAGUUCUAAGUGAUUUGUGGCAUAGGAAGUAACUGAAGCUGUAAACGUGACAAAAGAUGCUUCUGAUCAGGAGGUGUUUGGGGAAAGGGAGGAUGACAUUGUGGUGUCCAGUCUUGUUUCCAGAUCCACGUAGCAGAGAUGUCAAGAAGAAGCUGGAAGUCAUUUAAUGACCAAAUAAGGUCUCCAUUCUCAUGAUUCAUCUGAUAUGCUUCUCCUGGAGCCAUGGAUGAAUACAACCGCUUUGUGGAUUGGGACAAAAUGGAUGUUACUGUCCAGAGCCAGGAUGCAAAGGAGCUAACCUGCACGGAGUUCCAGGAGCUCAAGCAGCUGGCCCGCCAGGGCUACUGGGCCAAGAACCACUCUCUGAGAGCCAAAGUGUACCACAAACUAAUUAACAAUAUCCCAUGCCGCACAGUGACCCCAGAUGCAAAUGUGUACCGGGACAUUGUUGUAAAGAUUGUUGGAAAACGUAACAGUAGCUCCCUUCCACUACCAGAGUUUGUGGAUAACAGCCUGGUCCCCACGUACUGCUUGAACGCAGAAGGCAUUGGGGCAGUCAGGAAGAUUAUAUUGUGCAUUGCGAAUCAGUUCCCAGACAUAUCAUUUUGCCCAGCCCUGCCUUCUGUGGUAGCUUUGCUCCUCCACUACAGCAAAGAUGAGGCAGAGUGCUUUGAACAGGUUUGUCGCAUCCUUGCUUGCAAUGACCCAUCUAAGCGGCUCAUCGAUCAGACGUUCUUAGCUUUUGAGUCCUCCUGCAUGACCUUUGGUGACCUGGUUAACAAGUACUGUCAGGCAGCACAUAAGCUGAUGGUGGCUGUGUCCGAGGAUGUGUUGGAGGUAUACUCCGACUGGCAGCGGUGGCUCUUUGGGGAACUGCCUAUGGUGUACAUUGCUCGGGUCUUUGAUGUGUUUCUGGUGGAGGGCUACAAAGUUCUCUAUCGUGUUGCGCUGGCUCUUCUGAAAUUUUUUCACAAAGUCAGAGCUGGGCAGCCCAUGGAGUCUGACAGCAUCCAGCAGGACAUUCGAGCUUUUGUGAGAGACAUUGCCAAGUCAGUGUCUCCGGAGAGGCUCUUGGAAAAAGCCUUUGCUAUCCGUCUUUUCUCACGGAAGGAGAUCCAGCUUCUGCAGAUGGCUAAUGAGAAGGCUUUGCAGCAGAAGGGCAUCACGGUCAAGCAGAAAAGUGUUGCAUCUCCCAAAAGGCAGAAUGUGCACUUAGCAGUUCAUGCUGAGAACUUCAAGUCUGAAAUUGUCAGUGUGAAAGAGAUGCGAGAUAUCUGGUCGUGGAUCCCAGAGCGAUUUGCACUUUGCCAGCCCCUCUUGCUUUUCACCACCUUGGAACAUGGCUGUAGUCUGAGCAGGUUCUAUUCUCACAGUGAGGGACACGAACCAACUCUUCUCCUCAUCAAGACCACAGCAAAAGAGGUCUGUGGUGCUUAUCUGUCAACUGACUGGAGCGAGCGCAGACGAGGAGGGAACAAGCUGAGUUUCUUUGGAACUGGGGAGUGCUUUGUAUUUAGGCUGCAACCAGAAGUGGAACGCUACGAGUGGGUGAUCAUAAAACACCCAGAACUGGCCACGACUGGUUCAGAGCCAAAAAAUCAUGCCUCACCAGCUUCCAGCACCCUUUCUUCCAGCAGUGUCCCAUCAGACCCCUCAGAUCGCCUUUCGCCCUUCUUAUCGGCCCGGCACUUCAACUUGCCUUCCAAAACAGCCUCCAUGUUUAUGGCUGGCAGCAGUGAAUGCAUCAUUAUAGGAGGUGGUGAUGGCCAGGCUCUUUACCUCGAUGCAGAUCUGAACCACGGAAGAACCAGCCACUGCAAUACUUUCAAUAAUCAGCCAUUGUGUUCUGAAAGCUUCCAGAUAUCUGUCUUGGAGGUGUGGGGCUUCAGAGACACCAUGAAUGGUUGAUGUGACUAUCAUUAAUCAUCUAGUUUUUCACUCGUCCUAGGAUUCCCAAGGCAAACUCUAAUGCAGGAGCUAAGUUAGAACAUAAUUUCUGCUGGGCUCAGUGGUUUUUAGUAAGUACUGAGUGGUGCACUUGAAUGCAGGGCUCAGUUGUUUACUCUUAUUUUAUUUAAAAUAGGUCAAGGUGAAGCAAUGUAUCAGAUUAACUCCUUAGCUCUUUACCUCUAGAGAUCUGGAUUCAGGUACUGUUGUUAGGUAAAAAUGAAACUGUAAUGAUUUCAAACCAUCCUAAACGGAUACAAGUCCAUAUCACAGGUUAGAUUUGUGGCUUGAUGCGAUUCCUCAGAAGCACAGAGCUGGCUGAGGUGUACUGUAGAGCAGUGUGCCACUGGCACUAAUGUCUGCCUUGAGCCAGUAAUAUCAGAUGUCUGCUCACAGGGAACAUGAAUGACCUCAGAUUUGACAUAGAACAGUAGUUCAUUAAAUCAUUGCCCUAUUAUAAGCAGAUAUUGUGCAGACAAAUCAAUAACGUUUCUUAAGUUGUGAAAGCCCUCAGUUCACACAGGAAUCAUGGUUGAUAGUUAUCCUUCUCCUUGCACCUGAACCCUUGUCACGUUCCACUUGCAUCUGUUUGAGGAGUUGGCCCCCGAGGAAGGCAUCCAGACUGGACAACGAUGUCUCAAAGGCUUGAUUUUGUUUACAUUCCUAUUCCAUAUCAGUAUAAUGACUUCAACUGACUCGUGUUUCAGGCAGCUGAAAGCCAGAGCAUAUAUGCAGUGCUCAGAAACUUUCCUUUCUUCAUCUUUCCUGGAAGCUGAAAUGGAGCUUUAAAUCUGAGAAUAACUGUGCUGGUAUCAUGUUUGGGGAAUUAGGUGUUGUGAUACAGAAGCUUAAUGCCCUCCCCACAAGUAAAUGAAGGGAGGUGGGAGGGAAAUCUUCUGCGUAAUAUUAUUCUGGAAGUGGAUGAGUUUCCCAGAAGAACUCUGGGUGACAGUGUUUCUCCCUAUCAUGAGUCUGCUCAGUGAUGAGAUCCUGAAAAAGGUAACGCUUGUUGCCAGCAGUGUUCUGGUAGGGUUUGGAUGAUGCAAAGAGACUUUUGCUCAUUCCUGAGAAUUCAUACAGUUCUCUGCAAGCAGGCCUUGUGCCGUGUGAUGCCUGGAGGCAAUUGCCCAGUGUCUUUAUCUGAAGCUUACUGUAUCUGCUGUAGAACUCCCACAUGAAGCAGAAGUAUAUAGACAUUGACAGAUAGUCCAGAGCAUAUGACGGGAUGCUAUCUAAGGUUCAGUGGGUAAUUUGCUAGUAAGAUGAUUUACCACAACAGGUAAAAGGAAGGGAAAGAGGAAUUGCUGUUUUUUUCAGCAGUUAAUCUAAAAAAAUUGCUUUGGAGUGGGGGAAAUGUUAUUACUACUUAAACUUCCAGUUCAUUAAAAGGAAAAAUUAAAAAUUUAUAGCGAUAAAAUCCCAGCUAGGCUGGCCAGGGUCAUGUUAAUAUUCAGAGGUCACAGGUGAGGCUUGUUGGUAAUGUUGGCUUGUUUAGCUUGCCAUCAAUGAAAAAAGCAUGUGUCUUGGUAAAGUGUUGCCUCUUGCAAAGUACAUAAACAAACUUGGCAAAAAUGUGAAUUGCUUCCUAAGGUGCCAUUUUGAAUUUUUGUCAAAAUAACUCUUUGAAAUAUUAGACUGCGUAUACAGCAGUUUAAGAUGCCUUUUGCACCAUUUAUAUUUGCAAUUAGAUUACUUCACCCUGUUUGAGAGUCGGCACUGGUCCUUCUUCCCACUUCCCACUCAGUGAAUUCUGUCCAGCUGUCUUUUCAUAGGUUUACUGUAAGCUUGAUUGAACUGGAAAGGGAGACAUAAUUCAGCUAUACUUACGUAUUUUGAUGGGAAAGAUCUGUAACAGUCAUAUCUGGCUUUUUACAAAUAUUAGCUGAUACUGCCUUCUAUUAUUUUUUUAAAGCUAGCUGUAUCACUUUGCACUUGCUAGUAUCCCAUAAGCUUCCUCAGACAAAAGAAAUCAUUUAGAAAAUAUAUCCCAUUUAGUAGCUUGUCUUAAAUGUAGGUGGGAUUUCAGUUUUGUCUGUAUCUCCUCCCUUUCAAGCUUGUCUGAGGUGUCCUUGGGGAAAAAAAAAUAAAAAAAAAUAAAAAAAAAAAACCACCCAAGCAACAAAACACAAUAGGGUUAAUUUUCAGCUUGUUAAAUUGUCAUAAAUUCCCUGGAGCUGUGUGUUGGCAGGAUUUGUGGGACUUCAGUAUUACAGUCAAAAUGAAUAGGGUUUUAUCUGCAGAAUCUUUCCUGCAGCUGGCCAUGGUGAUGUGAUUUUCUCACUCCCCAUCCCUGCUGGAUGCAGCUAUGUCAGCGAAACCUGAGUACUAUACUAUGUCUUAAGCCAUAUCUCAGAAACGCUGUUCCUUUCCCUGCUCUGCUCUUAGUGCACAGGGAUUUGGGUGCUUGAAAUCAGAAAUAACUCAUAGUUGCUCAGAAGUUUAUCACAGGGUAUUGGUGUGAGAAUCCAAGGAGCUUUACUGAAAAUCAGUGAGGUUUAGGCAUCUGAGUCUCGAGUGUCUUUCAAAAGUCAAUCACAGGCCUCAGCUCAGCUUCCCUUGUGCCAGACGAGUACAGCUUCUGACUCCUCUGGCAGCAAAGGUCCACAGAAGACCCCCUUUUUGGUAGCUUAUCUAGAUGCCCAACCAUUUUUUUGCUUGGGAGUAAAGGUAAAUGUUCAUUCUUAAAGACAGACGUUAUGCUGGGCGGCUGGCAGUCUCCAGCAGCUGCUCUGUGCCUGUGCAUUUGCAGCCACUUGGAGCACACGCUGUGCCCAGAGCAAUUUGAGUGGUGACCUGUAUGAGUUUGCAAAUCACAGCAAGGGGCAGAAGGGUUACCAGGUGACCCUCCUUCUGACUCCGUAUAUUCAUAUCAAACUUGAGGCACAUGUUUGCAGGAAUGGCUUUAGUUCGAUACAGCACUACCCUGCUGCAGGUGUCCUGCAGGACUAGUAUGUGUGUUUUAAAUUAAAUUGCAUAGCCUAAAUAAGCAAGAGACCACAAUAAUCUAGCGAGAGGAAUUGUACAGUGCUGUGUCAUCGUCAUGCAAUACUUCAGUAAAAAUGAAUGUUCCUUUUCAUCUGCAAAUCCUCAUGUGUGAUUCUUGUCAUGGUUAUGAGACACCUUAGAGGAAUAGCGUUGUGACUUGGUUUUCUUUCCAGUAGUGAAGAGGCAUUUUAUUUUUGCCUGUGUAGUUAAUGGUUCUUGCUGACCAAGUGUAUAUCAAAGUUCAGGUAAUUAAACCAACAGUUUUGUUUCAUGCAAAACUUGAGGCAGAGACCACAGAUGUUUUUAAGACAAUUUCUACAAUGGGCGCCUUAUCAGAAAGUUAAAAGUAUCUCAAGUACCCCGGCUGUGAAGUGUUUUGGUCACGUUGUAACUCUGAGCAACUGUUGGUGUAGUUUGUAGUCCUGCUAGCAGCAGUGUCAGCGGGAGUGCCAGUGCUGCUUGAUCAGCUCUUCAGUGUGUAGCUGGGGAGCUGAAGGCUGGGCGUUAGCUACCACGUUUCUUCAAGAUUGUAUUUGCUUUCCCAAGAAGCCAUUUUUGCUUUGCAAUAUUCUCUUGAAGUCAGAAACUUGAGACUCCUGACAUCAGAAACUUGAAUUUAUUGUAAAUGGCAUCUAAGCUGUUCCCAGGCCACAGGAACUAUUUCCAGCUGUCAGCUAGGGCUGGACAGACUUCAUCACUGCACCCAAACUGUCGUUCCAACAGAUCAUGCACUUUGACAUGCUCCCUUUUCUGAUGAAGCAUGUUAAUCAGCCUCCUAUUAAUAGAGGCCACAGUUAACAAAGGGGAGGGAAAGACUCCCAUUUCCUCUACGUUGAAAUAACUGAAGACAAAUUGGAGGGGCAGGCAGUACUGUUCUUUAAAGAGUUAAAUAUCUUGCCAAUAGCGAUACGUGUUUAGCCAUAGAGGGGUGGCACUUGCAGGUUGAUCAACUGCUCUGUGCGUGUGCAUUGAAAUUGUGCACUUUGUCCUUGGAAAUCCAUCCUUAUUUCUGAUGGGGAGUGAGCUCCUCUGCCCGCUGACCCCACAGGCACCCCAGAGAUACCGAUGCCACGGCCAGUGGGGGCCAAGAGCUCGCCUGCAGCCAUGGCACUGGAAGAGCUCAGCUCCUGCAGUUGGCACCUGGAGUCUGGCUGUUGGAUAGAUUGGAGGCUUGGGCACAUGGCUGAUAACGUUGAGAUGCCUUUCUGCUGGCUCUGUGUCAUGAAUUUCAGACUAUUCAUCGUUGAGAUGAGUGUGCGAAUUACUUGGGGUGAUGUUUAUCUUCAGAUGAGCGGUGGUGUGCUGCUGAACCAGUUUUGUACCAUAUCAUUGGAAACACUGCCCUACAUUGAUGGUAUUUUUGUUACUGUGCAGAAUCUUGGAUUAUAUUAAAAGAUGUUUGACUGUG